CGGGGAUCUUGGCCAUUGGAUUGGGUGCACGAGCACGAGCUUCUAGAAAUCGCAAUUGGUAAAGGGGCCGUCGCGUUUGCGUUUCGCCGCCACUCAAUAUCUGAAAUCAAAACUCACAUUAGUAUCUGUUGAUACGAAUAACCAAAUCGAAACCAAAAGUGUUAGUUAACUGCGAGCCACAUGAACAGCGAUUAAUGUUUAUAGGUAUCACAAGCACACAAGAUGAAUACCAAAAACAUUGCGCCCAACAGACCCAUAGAUGGGACAAAAUUUCUUGAGUUGUUGACAACAGUAUCAUUGAACGAGGUGCUCAGAUUUGAGUUUCGCAAAUUUUCGUCGCAGAAAUGGCAAAGCAUGGUGUUGCAAGAACAGGGAAAGUACCAAUGCAACUGCUGCAAUGUCGUACAAUGGGGGGAAAAAAAUCUCUUCAGCCACCUCAGUGGUAAGAAGCACAACGCACUAUUGAUCGGUAAUCCACAAUGGCAAAUCAGAAUUAAGCCACUCGGUGCUCCAAAGCAAGCUGCCGGCAACAAAAUCAACUCACCUUCCAUAUCCAAGAAUCAGAAUACUUCCAACACUAAUAAGGUUCAAAACAAAAACGAUAACAACGUGGCCAAGCCAGCAGCUAACACAAGUGGAAACGUAGCGCCACAGAAAGCCACUCCAAAUGCUGCUGGUGGUAAUAACCAAGCGAACAGGACCCUUCAAAGUCCGGGGAUGAAAAAAGGACCCAACUUGACGGCCCUAUCAAACACUAAUAAGAACACGGGAGGGUCAAAUAAUCUGGGACAAAAAGCGCAGCCUCAAGUAAAACCACAGUCCCAACCAGGAAAACCAAAUACUCAGGCACAAAAAGAACAGAACCAGCCACAGAAAGCACAAUCCCAGCCACAGAAAGAACAGCCUCAACAGAAAGAACAGUCUCAACAGAAAGCACAGUCUCAGCCACAGAAAGCACAGGCUCCACAACAAACACAAAGUCAGACUAAGCCUCCGCAGGGCCAACAAAGAACACAACAAGGCCAAGGUGGGAUGCAACAAUCCAAUUCGAAGAAAUCACCAGACAUAGUGAAAAAUCCACUCGCCACCAAAAUAACCUGUGUUCCGCUGGCGAACCUAAUCAGUGCUACCCCAGAGCCUGUAACAGAUGACAACAACGAUGUCAUCAUUAUAGAUGAGGAUCAGCCGGCAGAGGGUGACAAGAACUUGGCCGGUCCCAAGAACCUCAAACCCAAUCAAGCUGGUCCGAGUCAGGCAGCUCCGAAUCAGGCAGCUCCAAAGCCGAAACCUAUGCCGAAUCAAGCAGCUACAAAGCAACCUGUGCCCAAUCAAUCAGCUCCCAAACAAAAUAUGCCCAAUCAAGGUGGUCCAAAGAACCCAACGGCUAACCAAGGUGGUCUAAACAAACCAAUGGCUAACCAGGCGGGAUCCAAGCAAAAGUCUACGCCGCCUAAUCAUGCAGGAACCAGAAAUAUUUUACCUAUACAGAGAUUGCCAAGCAAGAAUGCCGUGGCUCCCGUUCGCUCUGUUCCCGCUGAAAAGGUAAUAGCACCUUCGUCUUAUGGCGGCCCAGGGAUACCACGUGCAGCUCCGUCCUAUCCUGGCACAUCGAAUAAACCAACUGGCAUUACCUUUGAUUCCAAUUCACAUCAAGACGAAAUCAUGAAGCUGGUUGGAGUUGAGUACGUUUUGAAAAUAGUGAGGAGUCUGAACGACUUGAAUAUACGCUAUUUGUGUUGCUUAUGCGAAAUAACCGUCACCGAGCAAUCAAUGCACAACCAUUUGUUGGGCUACAACCACCGUCUCAAGUACUUUGACAAGCAUUAUCCGACUGCCAUGCGUCAGUUCCGCCAGUAUGUGUCCAAUGUGCCCGAGAGCGAUGUCUGCAAGAUCAUGAUUCCCAUAUUCGAUAAGCUUGCCCUGGCCAUUGAGACGCAUCAUGGUCGAAAGACGCCCUUCCAAUGCUAUGAGCACUUCUUUGCCAAAGAUCGUCAGUCUCUGAUCUCCAAGGCCUUUAAUCGAUUCCAUGCCUCGGAGAAGGUGGGUCCAUCGUUUACGCAUGUCGUGGACGCGCAAGAGGUGGAUGAGUUAAUAAAAAAUGCACGAAGCAACACCCAGUGCGUUAUGAACAUGGAAAACCCGAAUCCCUACAUGUGUCCUCCGGCCUCGAAUUAUGCUGUGGGCUACCAGAAUAUGCCUGUGGCGGCGAGCAAUGUCCCAUCAAAUACCGUCGACGAUGAGACGCACAAGCGAAUGGUUGAGAAUUUUCUUCGAGACACUAGGCAAUCCUCGGGAGAUAAUCAGAAGUCCCGAAGCUCGAAGCGCUCCCGGUCCAAGUCUCCACAACAAAGAAAGAGGGUGGCAACAACGAAUCCCAUGAAGAACAAGCUAUGGAACCUCGAACGCUGGUCGGUGUCUCCACUGAGAGAAGGGGACAUCUGGCAGGCCUACCGUCACAUGGUCGAUAUGAAGGUUCGCGAACUGAACAACUCGUUUGCAACGUACAAGUCUGACCCGGAGCAGCAUCCGAAUUAUCAGAGCGAGUGGCAAAUGUUCUGGAAGCGCCGCAAGGACGAGCUUGUUCUCGCCGGGAUCAACCAUCGUUCGUACAACUAUCAAAACGAAUGGAUUCAUUUCUUUAACAAUCGCCUUGAAGAACUGUAUGACCAGGACAUUGAGAACAUCAAAGUAAAAUGCCGCGAAAGAUUGUGCCUGCCCAUGACUAAUAAUGAAUUGAGUAACAAAAAGUAUCAUGUCAAUGUUCCCGAGCCACCUUCUUCCCCUGUAAUAACCCACAACGAGCCAGUAGCCAAUAGAGACGUUCAGAAAAUGUCAGUCGAUGAGGAGACUGAGGCUCCUCCCAAUGUGAUUCACGUUCUGCGCCUUUUAACUGCUUUGGAGGAUUACCUUGGUAGCUUGGGGCCUUUUAUUACCGAAAUGCUGGCCAAAGCCUUGCAGGCCCAAAAACUUUAUCCCGAGCAAAUACAUAGCCUAACGCUGACAGCAGAGAAUUGUGCCAUCUUGGAGACGGCAAAGGAAAAGUUUACUGGCCUCUUGAUUUCGCAGAUCUACGAUCCCACCAAGGAGCGAGCAUUGAAGAAGGCGAUUAGUGACACGGAACUAUUGCUUGAAGUGGCCAGCAAAUACACCAAUCCCAAAGAUACCGUCGCACUUCCUAUUGUUGAAAAGCAAACGCCGCAAAUUGUAAACCGAAUUCAGCAAAACGUCGAAAAGCCGUUGAAUAAAACUGAAUUAGCAGCCAAAUUGGCAUCGUCAUUGGUAUCCCAGGGCAAAACAUCCAUUAAUCGCGAAGAACUGCAGAAAAUCCUUCAAGUUUAUACGAUGAUUGAGCAAAAGAAACGUCAGGAUAUUGGUGAAGCCCCAAGCAACUCGGGAAAUUAUCUACCCUCCAACUUGGACAAUCAGUUACGCAGCAACUCUGGAAAUCAUCUCCACAACAACUCUGGAUAUCUCCCUAGCAAUUCGGGAAAUAAUCUCCCCAGCUACAUGGGAAAUAAUCUUCCCAGAGACUCUGGAAAUUAUGCCAGCAAUUACUCGGAAAAUUCUUUAUCCCCAGUACGUCCAAGUCCCCUGAUUUCAAACCCAAUUAACAAUGAUAACUUGUUGACACAACACUCGGCUAGAAAUUUAAAUGUCGCGAACAAUGCGAGCAACACGACCAGUAUGUAUACUGGUCAAAACUAUCCCUCAAAUGUGGCUCGCUUUAAUAACCAAAACACUAACAGCAUAACUAACACCACAAGCGCGUUUUCGGCUGAUCGUGGACUGUUUGGAUCUGGCGUAUUAUCAUCAUCGACAUCAUCGUAUCAAAACAGUCAGUUUGGCACUGGACCGUCACUGAAUCCUACCAGCAGCGUUCUGCGGAACGAUAUAAGCACUUCGUCGCUUUUCAACUUCAAUACCCAUUUGAAUCCAACAUACAACAACACCAACACAAGCCGAAGGAAUUUCUAAAUGAUAAUGAUUAUGUUAGCUUAAAUAUGAAUUAGAAUUAUGAUUGAACACCUACCUGUAUAAUUUUACAAUGAUGUAAUCACUGAAUUUACAAACCAUCCGCAUACAUUGAAGAUCUGUACAACAUUUUAACAAUGUAAUGUAAAUAAACUUCAUAAUUCGACACCUUUUAGUUUAAUCAUUUGCAACAUACAUACACACUUCAAAGAUCAGAAUAUAUUUACAUGUCUACAUUAUUUUACAACAUUAA